CAGCUACUUAAAAAUAUGGGACUAGACCUACCCUAUCGUGUACUAGGAUCACAGUUAGUGUACUACAGGUGUUGAAUAUUGAACAUAAUAUCCCUUAUUUUUGUGUUUUGGAAAAUUGGCCCCAAUGUUUUAUUAAAUAAUUGUUACCUACCUCUAUGGUCGAAGAUUUAUGAACAGAUUGUUUUGUUUCUUCAUUGGAAGAACGUUACAAUUUUGUCGUGCUUGUUGAAAUAAGUUGUUAUUUUGUUAUUAGUGGUUAAAAGUUUGUACAGUAGAUAAUAUCCAAAUCACAAUUUGUUUUUUUUUUUAAUAUUGCAAGUUUUUUUUGUUUAUUUUGGAAAGUUUUGAAACCUUAUAGCUGCUUGAAUGUGUUUAUGAAGCAGUGAGGUACUUCGCUGGUUGUACUGGAAACUAUACAAGCUGAAGUACGUUCUGGUAAUCGACGUGCGGAUUUGGUUCGAAGUAUUUUGAAAUGAAUACAAUGUCCAACGUUGAGAACUUGUCACCACAAAUCAUCAGGCAGGUCGUCAAGGAAUUGCAUGACCUGACCAAAUGUCCUCCUGAAGGUAUCAAGGUCACGAUAAAUGACGAAGAUGUGACGGACAUCCAGGCGUAUAUAGAAGGUCCAGCUGGCACUCCUUACGCUGGGGGAGUUUUUAGGAUCAAGCUGGUGUUGGGGAAGGACUUUCCUCAGACACCACCGAAAGCUUUCUUCUUGACUAAAAUUUUUCACCCAAACGUAUCAAAGUCUGGGGAGAUUUGUGUAAAUACACUAAAAAAAGAUUGGAAACCUGAUCUCGGCAUUAAACAUAUACUUUUGACAGUUAAAUGCCUGCUGAUAGUGCCUAAUGCGGAGUCAGCUCUCAACGAGGAGGCUGGCAGGUUGCUGCUGGAGCAGUACGACAGCUAUUCACAGAGAGCCAAGAUGAUGACUGAAAUUCAUGCCUUAUCGUGCAAGAUUCCCAAGCCUGGGCUCGAAGAAGGAAUGUCUUCUAUGGAUGGGCCAAUGGCAAAGAAACAUGCUGGUGAUAAAAAGGUUCAGGUGGAUAAGAAAAAACAAUUGAAAGAUAAGAAGAGAACACUGAAAAGGUUAUGAAAUUUACUGCUCGGAUGUAAUUUGUACAUAUGGACAAGAUCUAUGUGAUCACAGUGCAAGUUGGUUCAAUGUGUUUUGGCACAAAAGUUAUAUUUAAGUUAUUUUUUGUGACUGUUUGAAAACUGACAUUUGAUGUUUUGUGUUUCCGUAAUCGUAAUUUGGAGAAUGUUUUACUAAUUGAAAGUGUGCAUAUAUAUAAUUUUUUAUACAAAUUUUGUUAUGCGUGUUAAGUUAACUGUAAGUUCCUUUUUACUUGGACAUAGUUACGUCUUUUAACUUAUCUAAUCAUCAGUACUAGCAUUUAUAUUUUGGCAUGCUGCCUGGCAGUCAUUUUAUUGCUACAUUAAGCACUCUUAUACUAGAGAUGUCAAACAGAGUUUUCACAAUUCCUCAUUGGAAUUGGCAUGUAAGAAAGUUGUGCAUAACUUUUUAAAUAAAAUCAAUUUUUGUUGUGAUUUCUA